AUGACCACAAUUGACGAAAUGGAUGAGUUCUUCAAUUUUGAUGAUGCCACUCACGCGGCCACCCCUCCGACUGCUGAUCAAUUCAAUUAUGAUAUUAGUCAUCUCAAUACUGUUUCAAGUGCAGGCCCUUAUGACAUCGACCUAGCCUUUGCAGAUCCUGAAGGGGAUGAGAAUUCCUUUACCUGUCUACAGCAUUUUUCGGCUCCAGAGGAACAAGUCUCUCAAGACUUGGAAACUGCCGUGGUUACACCGGCACUUGACACUACCACCCUUGAAGCACACGAUUUUCAAGAUUUUCCAAGAUGGAUUGAUGGCAUGUCCGAGCCCAUCAAACCUUGUUCACGAUGCCGACAGGAAAACACACAUUGCAAAGUAAUUAAAGAGGGUUUCCGUAAGGGCUCUUGCACAUGUUGUGUAGCUCUUGCAAGAACAUGCAGCUUGACACAAGAUCUCAAUAUCAGGAGUAAAAUAUUAUACGAUUAUCGUGCCUCGGGCAAGAUCGAUUGUGCUACUGACAGGCAUGGAUAUUUUCGUAUCAAAGAAGAUGUAUCCAUGGCCUCAGCCGAGCAGUGUGAGUACUGCAAAUCAUUAGCCCAACCAUGCUCAGGAUUAGGAGACGGGGACAGCCUCGCUUGCCAAAGUUGCUCGGUGUUGAGUCGACUUUGCAGUUUGGUUAGAUACAGUGAUUCUUGGAAAGUCGCAGAAGACGAACCUCGAAGCAAUUCUCUCACAUCUCCUACAUCACCAUUUGAAGGAUACAACUCUGGCCCUCUAUCUCAAAACAACUCUCCAACGGAUCUGCCAGCUCUUCAAACUUUGACAGAAAAUCUUAAAUCAGAUGCUGGAGACAAUAGUCCUAAAGUUGGUGCGAGAUUCUCAAGACAGUCGGUACGAAUUCUUAAGGACUGGUUGGGAUUACAUCAUCGUCAUCCAUAUCCAACUGACUCAGAGAGGGAUAUUCUGAUGUCCAAAACGGGACUGAACAAAACGCAAAUCACAAAUUGGCUUGCCAAUGCACGCCGUAGAGGAAAGACUAGGGCAACUGUUACUCCACCAACUGUGGGUAAUUAUGCAAAUGCAAUGGAUAUUCCAAGGAAAGGUACUCCUGCUUUAGAACAUAUGAAUCCUUUGGAACGUUGGAAGCACUCUCCACCCGAACAUGAACCUGCUUCCCAAACAGCUAUCGCAAAGGCCGUCACAGCUUCUAGUUUUAGCUCUGGUCUGGACAGUCCAUACACGAGUUACGCUGAUGAUGGAUCGAAUCGAUCCCUGUAUAAUGUGUCAUCGGCAAGUAGUUUGGGCACUUCUCAUUCUAGUGCUGGUUCAUUUGCUUCGGCAUACUCUCAUAAAUCUCGCGGGUCUUUUGGUUCCUUUGGCUCUUUCGGGAAUAAGGGUAGACGUCGUCGUCGUCGACAAGCACCCAAAGCAGCAAAGGUCAUAGCUGCAGGUCCUGCGAGAACCUUUCAGUGCACUUUCUGUACUGAAUCUUUCAAGACCAAACAUGAUUGGCAGAGGCAUGAAAAAUCACUCCAUCUGUCACUGGAGAGAUGGAUCUGUUGUCCCAAUGGACCUAUACAGUACAACAAAGAAUUCGAACGUCCAGGCUGCGUAUAUUGUGAUCAUCCAAAUCCAUCCGCUGCUCAUGCAGAAUCACAUAACCAUUCAAGUUGUGCUGAAAAGCCCAUUGGAGAAAGGACAUUCUACAGGAAAGAUCACCUACGCCAACAUCUGAACCUUGUUCACGAUGUAAAAUUUGCUAGUUGGAGUAUGGAAAGUUGGAAAGCUAUCACACCGGAGAUACGUUCUAGAUGUGGUUUCUGUGGAAUUGUAAUGGAUUCCUGGACUGCUAGAGUGGAUCAUCUGGCGGAGCAUUUCAAGAAUGGUAAAAGUAUGGUUGACUGGAAAGGUGACUGGGGUUUUGAACCACAAAUUCUUAACAUUGUUGAGAAUGGAAUUCCUCCUUAUCUUAUUCAUGAAGAGCGAAUGACCGUACGACCUUUCGAAGCCUCCCAAGAUCCUUACAACGAGGAUCGCACACCAGAAAAUUUGGUCAAGAGUGGCCUUACACAAUACGUCAAUGAUAAAGUUGUACAAGGCAUAACUCCUACCGAUGAAGAGUUACUCGGUAUAGCUCGUCAAAUAAUUUGCAAUCUGGAUGCUGUCUCAGACUCACCACAAUAUCCCGACAGAUCUUGGUUACGAGAUCUAAUCUUGUUAUCUGGGUCGGAUAACUACGAAACAGAUGAUCAAGAUACACUUGAAAUGACUCGAAAGAAACCAUUCGAAACAGCUCAACAUUCGUUAAUUGGUGCAACACAAUCAAUACAUCAAUGUCCAAAGGAGCAAGCCUUGCGAAAUUACGUCGAUUCGAGACAAAUGAUUGGUCUAACCGCUACGGAUUCUGAAUUACAAGUUGAAGCAUGCAGGAUUAUUGAUGAAGCUGAGUUAACAGCCACAGUACCUUGCAAAGGUGCUGUUUCUUGGUUCAAAUAUUUGAUAAAGAACUCAACCUCUUGGCUCGCUGAUUUUAGAAGACGUGCGGGCUUGCCUAGGAGUUCUGAAAUGGCUAACGAAGGUGUGAGAUCAAAGGACGAGACUUCCAUUGAUCAUGCCAUACACAACUACGCAAGACUCGAGGCAGAGAUGAAAGAUUAUGUGCAGCUUCAAGCUGCGUUGGGUAUAAAGCCUACAGAUUCUGAUCUUCAACGACAUGCUAGACUUAUCGUUUAUGGAAGUGAUGAUCAAUGGAAUCAAACUUGGGCUGACGAUCCAUUAUAUCUCCACAUAUUCAAGACCAGAAACGGACUUGCGCCAGCUGCAGAAAACAAACCUUCCAUUAUGUUUCCAACAGCGAUCGAUUCCCCUGGGCAAGCUGCAUCGUCUCCAUCACGAACUUUACACUGGGAGGUGGAGAACUUUGAAACUCGUAGUCGUCCAGGGAGUAAAGGAAGUAAAGGAACCUCACCAAACACGAAUUACAAUCAGCCUAUUCAUACACUCACAGCAUCCAAUCAGCCAUCAACAAACUCUAACCCGGCACAACCUCUAAAAUAUUUUCUCAGCGAUGCAAAUUGUUACAUUCGGUUAGUCCGAGAGCUUUCCAGGUUUGUGGCAAGGUGUAUGUCACCAAACAAUCCAAAUCAACAUGUACCAACAGACGCCGAACUUAAAAACCAAGCUCGCUGGGUGAUUUACGAUGACGAUGAUCCAUGGAAUCAAACCGCAGCUGAUAAUGCCGAAUGGCUAAUGCGAUUCAAACGCGAUGCUGGUCUCUCACCACAAGAGUCCGGACCAGGUCUUCCUACGGGAAAUCUCUCCUGGAAGGUCUCUUUGGGUGGCACAGGCUUUUGCCCACCUUAUCUAAAUCCAGGAAAAGACAUUAAGGCAUGUGAUACGACAGAAUUCGAAGUCAACCUUGCCAAAAUGGAUGAAAGCGAAAAGAUUGUGAAAUUGAGAGGGAAAACCGCAAAUGAAUACAUCAAAAGUCUUAAACAACGAUAUAAGAUGCCCGCACAAGUGUUCUGCUCGAGAGAACUGGAGGAAGCAUUACUAGAUUUGGUCAAGACGGAAAAAGCACAAGGGCGCAUUCCAUCCGAUGAGUUGUUCAGGGCUAAAGCAAGAGAGAUUUUGAAUGUGCCAAAUACGGCUGCUGAUGAUAGUCAACUUUUGGAGAAAUUCAAAUCCCAUUAUGGAGUUUAUUCAACAAGUUCUCCGCCACAUUCGCAAACUCAAACUCAAACUCAAACUUAUCAACCACAAGCCCAAUCAAUCCCUUCCUUUUCAACACAUCAAACACCGGCUUUCCUCAACGAUGAUGAUUUAUUAGCUUCCUUUGAUGAGGAAUUACUCAACAAUACAGACAUGGAUUUGGGCAUGGAAUUUAAUCCUUCAUCAUCCAUCAAUAUGGAUUUCCUUUCAAAUAAUCCUUCAACGCAAUUAGCUACUAUCGCUGGCUCAUGUUUAUCUGCCUUGCCGCCAUUUAGCAAUGCCAAUUCGGUUAUGGAUUUUGAUAUCAGUAUGGGCAUGGAUCUCGCAAUGGGAAAUAAUGGCUCCGAACCAUGGGCUGGCUUACAAUCAAACAACGUUGAUAUGAGUGCAUUUGGUGCAAUGGAUACCAUGGAAGGUAUAGGAGAAAUGGAUGAGACAUUCAACUUCGAGGGAUUAGAAGAGUUGAAUGAAGAGGAUAUGAAUAAAGACAUUGAGUAUGCGGAGUUGCAUAGAGUUAGUACGGCGACGGCUAGUCCGUGGAGAAGGAGAGCAAGUGAGAGGUUGGCAAGGGAUGGCGGAAGAGGGUUUGAUUUUGAGAGAGGUGGUAGGGAGAGAUUGUGGUAG